AUGCUUCAGUCCAUGUCUGGUGCCGACGACCGCAAGCGAGCCCUCACGGGUACCGUGGAGGAUGGUCCGCGCAAACGCCUGCAUUCGGACGAAGCAACAUCCAAGUCUGCCGCUACGCCUACAAAUGACAACGAAGAUGAUGAAGCGCUUCACCCAGCAUAUGCUGGUCUAGAAGCUUUUCGAAAAGAAGCUAUCUACCGCAAGCUUCUCGAAGCAAGGAGAGAUCUUCAACGCAUAGAGCGAAGAGCAGGCACCUUCCAAGAUGACCUUGCUGUCUCUGAACAGCGCGCUGCCGUUCUUCAGCGAUUCUGGAACUUGCUCCUCACCGAGCUUGCCGCUCGCUUAGCCAUCCAGGACCAGGAUGUAUUUGCAUUGUCUUCAGCGUCCGAUUCAAGAUCUGACCUGACAGCUAUGGAGCAGCAGCUUGAGCAGCAAUCCUCGGCGGUGCUUCGAUGCCUUUCGCAGCAGGGCGACGUUAACAUUGUUGAGCUUCAGCAGAAGCUCCACGAUCUUGCAGACGAAGGCUCUCGUUACAAGCAAGAUCUCUUCCUGACCCAGUCCAAGUUGCAGCGAGCUCAAGAUGCACUCGCCCAAACUUCUCAAAAGCUCUCGAAAGUGGAGCACGAGUACGUUCGCUACCAGAGCAACCUUCUUCGCGCCACAGAGGGAAAGCCCACCAUACCAGCUGGAACAAUCGUAUCAGCGUCUGAGCCUGCACCUGCGACGGAACAGACGGCCGAUACGGCGGUCAAGAAAGAGACUGCAACUCUAGCCCCUACAGAUGGAGCACCACAUACUUCUGAAACCUUACAAAAGGCAGUUGAUGAGCUCGAGAGCGCACGUCAGGACGUCGAGCUCACACGGAGGGAGAGUGACUCGAGGUACGCCGAAAUUCAAACCCUCAACGAAGAGGUGCGGACGCUCAAGUGCAAACUGCACGAAACGCAGACCAAGCUGACCACGCUACCGGAAGAGGUGUUGCUCAGCUCCGCUCUGUACCGCGAGCUCCAAACCUUGUUGCGAAACGCACAACAGGACUUGCAAAGCAGCAAAGAGGCCAUGCAGGCCCUCGAAACUGAGGCUACCGCCUUGCGAGAGGACCGCGCUGCUUUCCAGCAAACUGUGGAAGCAGAAGCCGCCAGUCGAUCUGAAGAUCUCGAAAAGCUUAUCAAGGCAAAGGAAGCCGAUGUCACGCGUUUGCGGAGCCAGCGGGACGAGCUCAAUGCCGAGCUAACCGAACGUCGCUCGCGCGAGCAGGUCAAAUUUACGCAGAUUGAGGAGAUGAAGGCGCUGCUCAACAGUAAGGAGGAGCGUUUGAUUCUGCUUUCAAGUCAGGUGCGACGUUUACGUAUGGCGGUGGCAGCUUUUCAUGGCCAAAGCGCCGGUGUAUCCGCCUUGGCCACCGCUGAGUCGGAAGAGGAUCAGUUUGAACAAGUCAGCCGCGCAGCGCAGCAAGCCCAAGCGCGUGUAGCCGAGCUUGAACAGCGUCUAGGUGUCGCUGGCCAGAAUGCGUCGCCAAACGGCACGGGCGCAACCGCCAAGACGGAGAAAGGUGCCGAUGUCGAUACCAAGGCGGAGAAAAGUGUCGAAGCUGCCAGCGAAAGCGAGCUACAAGGCGAGAUUCAACGAUUGCGCCUGUCGUUGCAGGCCGCCGAGGCUUCGAGCAAGGCUGUGGACGACGAAUUAGAAAAAAUCAGCGCAGCAUACGCUGACUUGGAAAGGCAAGCGUCAGUCAAAGUGACGGAUGUAAGCCGCAUGGAGGAAAAGGCAUUGCGGUGGGUGACGGAAAAGUCCAAGGCAGACAACAAGUACUUUUCGGCAAUGCGCGCCAAGGACGCCGUUGAUGCAGAAUUGCGGACGGCAAAACAGGUGCACGAGCGGCAACAAAAGACGAUCGAAGCGUUCGCAGAUGUAGAACGCAAUUAUGUCGUACAGUCGGGCUUGCACGAGAAGGCGAUCUCCACUUUCAAGAAAGUGACCGAUGCGCAAACUCAUCGGAUCGAGACGCUGCAACGUGAGCUCGAGCUGGCCGAGUCACGUCUCACUGAGUUGGCGAGGGUCAAGGAGGUUGCCAGCGACUCUGCCAAGGAGCUCAUCAAUACGGCCAAUUUGGAAAAGGACCAACGCAAGCGCGCAGAAGAGCGCAUCGUUCGUCUUGAAAAGGACCUCGAAAGCUCCAAACGACAGCUGGCGAAAGCUGCUGCGUCGGCAGCCAAGAACAAGGGCCGUCGCGAUGCGGACGCUGGAGACGGCGCAAGCGAGAAGGACUUUCUUAAUGCCUUGCUACAGUGCUCCUCUUGCAAGGAGCGCUAUCGCAACCGCAUCUUGACAAAGUGCUACCACACAUUUUGUUCUGAAUGCAUCGACUCUCGCGUGCAGACGCGUCAGCGCAAGUGCCCCCACUGCGCCCUCGCGUUUGCCGUGAGCGAUGUACAACCUUUAUACCUCCAGUGA